ACCGACUCGCCUGGCGGGACGAGAGAGGCGGUUAUGGCCGAUGAACCGGCCGCGGUCAUGCCUACCUCUGGUGAGUCCGUGCAGCCUGCACCCCGUUCCAGACGCCCGCUGAGGCAGACGGUCAUGGAGGAUGCCGACAACAUCAUAACACGCAACGAGCAAACGAGUCGGUUCCUCGACCGAUUCCUGUUCUGCACGAACCAGCUGUUCAACAUCGUCGACAACCAAUACUUCCAUGAAUUCGUUGAUGCUGUGAAGAAGGCGCAUCCUUCGUGGAUGCCUUACAAGAGGGAUGAAGCGAGGACGAAGCGGUUGGAUGGUCAUUACGGAAGGACGAAGGUGGACGUGCAUGCCAUGGUGAAGAAGUGGCACGGCUCCGGGUGCAUGCUGCAGAUGGAUGGCUGGUCAGACAGGCGCAACCGGCCGUACAUUAAUGUGAUGGUGUCAUCCCCGAUCGGGACGAUCGGCGAGGAGGCGGUGGUGGGCGUUGUGAUGGACAACGCGAGAGUAUGCGUCAAGGCCGGCAAGAUGGUGGAGGCAGCCUACCCACGCAUAUUUCGCGUGGGGUGCACUGCAUAUGCCCUCGAUUUGGCACUCAAGAACAUGUACAAGGAACUGGAGUGGUUGUGCAAUGUUGUGGACACAGGUUUAAAAGAGGGCAAGUUCUUCCACAAAGCGGACAAGGCAAGGGCGCUGUUCCACGUGUAUAGUCCGAAGUCGAAGUUGAAGCGGCCGGGGGUGACCCGUUUCGCAACCAACCACGAGAUGCUUGAAUCCUUGAAGAAGGCCAAGAACCCGCUGAAGAAUUGCAUUGACGACGAUGUGCGGGUGGAGAAGAUGGUCAGAACGGACCAGUUCGCUGUGUUCCACGAGCGGCUCUGUGGUGGGAGGCUAACUGCGGGAAGUUGGACCUGCUCCAGCCACAAGCAGUCAAGUUGCUUGGCCAAGCAAGCUCCUCCGUCACGCAUGCGAGCGGACUUGGAGCUUGCACGAGCUUAUUUUCGGGCGCAGACGUACAAAGUUGCUGCCGAAGAGGCUGGGCAAGUUGGUGCACAGCAACUGGAACGCCCUGUCGCGGGCGGCCUUGGGGGAGACGGGGGGCAUGUGCACAUUCGGUGGGAGGACGACACGCCGGUGGAGGCAAAGAUCAGGGAAUGGUACAACACAUGGACAGCAAUGGCCAUUGAUCCCGCUGCUGUUGCCGCUGAUGCUGAUGUGGUGGCAGAAGAUGUGGAGGUGGGUGAAGAAGACGGUUCGGAGCCAUUGAUGCGCACGUGCCAGCGAAAUGAUGUCGCAGAUGACGAGGAAUGCGACGAGGAGGACAUGGCUCUCUUGGGUUCGUAGGAGAGGGAAUGGCACGAGUGCAUCAAACCCGGGCGUCGCAGAAAGCAAGA